AGUUAGUCAGUCAUCUGCUGGAAUCAUCUUCAUAUACCAUCCAAUCAUUAUUCUAGCUAGCCACUUCAAUACUGCAUCCGCAUAUAUCAGAAAAUUAAACACCAUUUUAUUCUGUGUCCAGAAAAAACUAGUACUACCUCAGAAAUGCAGCAAACUCUCAUUUCUUCCUUUUGCUUCAUCUUGCUGGCUUUCUCCUCCAAAGUCCUUGGUGAAAAAUCGAGGCAUUGUAAACAUGGCCCAGAUAUCAAAUUCCCUUUUAGCUUCAAAGGUAGCCAGCACCCUGGGUAUCCUGGGUUUCUUGUAUCCUGCAAUGAAAAGCAGGAAACCAUUCUUGAGCUGCCAAUCCCAGUUAAAUUCGCAAUCGAAACCAUAGACUAUGAAGCUCAGAAAAUCCAGCUAUAUGACCCAGAAAAUUGCUUGCUGAUGAAGCUAUCGAAUGUCCACAACAUGUCAAUCUCUCCCUUCAACUACUCAACAGACCAAAUGACUGAUAUUACCUUAUUCAAUUGUUCUUUAGCUGAAAGGCAAUCAUAUAUGCAUCCAGUCCCCUGCUUUAAUGGCCCUGGCUACCAAAUCUACUCGGUUUCUUCUUCCCGAAACAUUGAGGACUUGCCCCUCCUGUCUUGUACAAAGAUGCGUAAUCUUUCACUGGUUCCAUACAGCUCGUAUGGAUAUCCAAUUUCAAAUCUUUAUUUGGAAUGGUCUGAACCAAAUUGUAGACCGUGUGAAGCACAUGGCAAAAUAUGUGGAUUGAAGAAGAAUGUCACCACACGUACUGAAAUUGAAUGCCUUCCCAGGAAGAAAGAAGGUUCAGAAGCAAAGUUAGUAGCCACUGGGGCAUCCCUGGGUUCAUUUGUACUCAUACUACUUGCUGCUGCAGCUUAUCAUGUCUAUAGUUCUGACAGAAAAGAAAAACAGAAUCAAUUAAAAAUUGAAAAUUUUUUAGAGGAUUACAGAGCUCUCAAACCAAGCAGAUACUCCUAUGCAGAUAUCAAGAGGAUUACAAAUCAGUUCAAGGACAAAUUAGGCCAAGGAGCCUAUGGAACUGUUUAUAAGGGAAAGCUUUCUUCUGAAUGUUUUGUUGCUGUCAAAGUCCUCAAUAGUACAAAGGGGGAUGGGGAAGAGUUUGUAAAUGAAGUGGGAACAAUGGGUCAUAUCCACCAUGUCAAUGUGGUUCGCUUGGUUGGAUUCUGUGCUGAUGGGUUUAGACGAGCUCUUGUUUAUGACUUCUUACCUAAUGGUUCACUGCAAGAUUUCAUUUCAUCAGCAGACAAUAACAAUUCUUUUCUUGGUUGGGAUAAGUUGCAAGAUAUUGCUCUAGGCAUAGCCAAGGGAAUUGAAUAUCUACACCAAGGAUGCGAUCAACGAAUCCUCCAUUUCGAUAUCAAACCCCACAAUGUUUUGCUUGACCAUAACUUCACCCCAAAGAUUUCUGAUUUUGGUUUGGCCAAGUUAUGUUCCAAGGAUCAGAGUAUAGUGUCAAUGACUACAGCUAGGGGAACGAUGGGGUACAUUGCACCUGAAGUGUUCUCCAGAAACUUUGGAAAUGUAUCCUAUAAGUCAGAUGUGUAUAGUUAUGGAAUGGUACUGCUCGAGAUGGUAGGAGGAAGAAAGAACAUCAGUUCAACCACAGAGAACACAACUGAAGUUUACUACCCAGAAUGGAUCUAUAAUCUACUGGAAGAAGGUGAAGACCUUCGAAUCCAUGUUGGGGAAGAAGGAGAUGCUAAAAUUGCAAAGAGACUUGCGAUUGUCGGUCUCUGGUGCAUCCAAUGGCACCCGGUAGAUCGUCCUUCUAUGAAAGGGGUGGUUCAGAUGUUGGAAGGAGGAGAAAACUUAACUAUGCCUCCAAAUCCUUUUUCCUCUCAAGGUCCUACAGGAACAAGUGCAAGUACACCUGCCAGAAGAUUAAACCUUCAACUGGAAGCAAUUGCCGAGUUAGAGUAAUAUGUAUAUAUUUUAUACUGUAUGCACACUUUGCAUGUAAAGGUGACAAAAAUUUAGAAAUGGGGUAAAUGGAUAAAACCCCUUUAUUAGGGUCCUUGACCCAAAGCACUAAAAUAA